AGGGCCGUUCCACUUUUUCGAAAAACCAGCUUGCGAAGAUGGCAGCAAUUGACAAAGUUCGGAUCAUUGUCGCUGGCGAUUCAGGUGUUGGGAAGUCUUCCGUUGUUCAUCUAAUUUGCCACAAAAAGCCGAUUGCCAAUCCGGCAUGGACGAUUGGAUGUUCUGUGGAAGUCCAGCUCCAUGAAUAUAAAGCUGGAACACCAGAUGAAAAGACUUUCUUUAUAGAGCUUUGGGAUGUGGGAGGAUCCAGCAGCCAUAAGAACAGCAGGGCAAUAUUCUAUACCCCUGUACAUGGAAUAGUUCUGGUCCAUGAUUUAUCAAACAGAAAAUCUCAAGGAAAUUUGAGAAAGUGGUUGGCAGAGAUAUUAAAUAAGGACCACUCACCUAGUAAUAAUGGUUAUGAAUUUGAUCCGGAGCAAUUUGUUGGCAAUCAGAUCCCAAUCCUGGUGAUCGGGACAAAAAAUGACCUUGCCGAAAAGGUGCGGAUCCAAGGUCGUCAUCGGGCCUCUUCAAUAGCUGAGGAAUGUGGUGCUGAUGAAGUCAGUGUGGAUACUAGCCAAGUCAAAUCAUUUGCUCCUGGAACCAGUAAUGCAGUUAAAUUGUCAAGAUUUUUCGAUAAGGUGAUAGAAAGAAAGUUUUUCUCAAGGGAAAGUAGUCUGGGACCACCAUCAACACAUCUUGAACGGCGACGACCUCUUUCAACAUAUUCCAAUAAGACUUCACAUAUCGAUUGACUGGCUGUGUCUAUAGAUGAUAAUUGAUGUUACCAUUGCAGUCCAUUUGGACGUUAGGCAAAGCAAUUGGCCUCUGCAACAGGUUUCGUCUAGGGGAAGGCAAUAGGUUUUUGUUUGGGUUCUGGCAACAGUCUUUGCAAUUGGCUUUGGGCAAUAUUAGUCAAGUGCAACCUUAAAUGUUCACACCGCUUGGCCCAGGGUAAGCCCUCAACCAAAGACACCAGUUUUCAGAUAAUGUAAUCCACUUUUGUGUUGAUGACUCCCCCCGCACUGCUGUCACAGAUGCACUGACCUCAACAGUUGUCUACUGUAGUAAAGUGGUUGAGCCUCUUCUUGAUAACUAACUACAGUAAUUCUCUGGAUGUCUGAAGGAGAAAGUGUUCUUGUAUGUGAUAGAAGAGUAACCCUUGAUGAGGAUCGUCCAUGAAUAUCUUUGUAUCUCACAAUCUGAACAGUGUUAGAAUUGGGUUUGAUCCCCACCCUCCUUCUAAUACCUAUCUUAUGGGUUCUACAUACAUGUUGUCUGAUAUGAAACUUUGAAAAAAACAACAAAACUUUUGGCCCCAGACGAUUGGAAAUAACCAUAAAUUAACCAUAACGGCCCCAGAGUGUCAAUGUUUUUACCUCAAAAGUAUUCGGAACAUGGCAUUUACCCUCUUUCCUUUGUUAGUAUUGUUGAAAACAUUGAUAUUUGAAAGAUCAAUGUUUUACCUAAAAAGUCAUCUGGUUGAUCCUUUCACUCCCUCCACCUUCUGGAAGUAGUUCAGCUUGUGAAGCACAUUGAUACUUAUUGACGAUCACUUUCUGAUUUACUGAGACAUGGCAGUCGGGUGAGCCAUCAUUUAAAUGUGCUCAGUACUUUGUGUAUAAAAUGUGGUAUUAUUUUGAUAUGUAAAUACGAAAUGUAAAUACACCAGAUCUUCUAUCUAAAUUUGGUGCUCAAACACAACUAAAAAGU